AUGUCGAAAAUUCUCGUUACUGGUGGAACGGGUGUUUUAGGAAGAGCAGUAACGAAAUUAUUCACUUCCAAUCAAACGAAUUUUGUUAUUGGUAGUCGAGAUAGAAAUUUCAAGAAUUAUGACAAAGAAAAUGUUAAUACAAAUUUCAACGGUCAAUGGAUUCAGAUGGAUUUACUGAAAUCCAAAGGAAUAGAUCAAUCGCUUGGUAAAGAUAUCGAUACUAUCUUACAUCUUGCCAGUAUGAAUCUGAAAAAAGUUAAUGGUCAAUUGGGUGAUAUAAUUGUGACGAAGAAUUUAAUCGAUUCUGUUGACAAAAGACAAAUCAAGCAUUUAGUUUAUAUUUCGAUCGUCGGAAUCGAUAAAAUUCCAUUUCCAUAUUAUCGAGCCAAGUUAGAAUGUGAACGGUUGAUUAAAACAAGUGGAAUUCCGUAUACAAUACUGAGAGCAACUCAAUUUCAUGAUUUUGUCGAUGCUAUUGUUAGCAAAUUACUCAACUUGCCCAUACCUAUCGUUCCGAAAAAGUUAAAAGUACAACCAAUUCAAAUCGAAGCAGUUGCAGAGGAACUGAAUAAGAUUGUCAAAGGGUCACCUUCAAAUCAGAUUUAUGACCUUGGUGGACAGAAAAUCUACACAUUUAAGGAAAUAGCAGCAUCAUUAAUGAAAGCUCGACAUGAAAACAAAAUGGUUGUUAAUCUGCCUAUCGUUGGUGGAGUAAUGAAGGCAUUUGCGAGAGGUGAAUGUACUUGUGACAAUAGAUC